AAGUCAGCUGCUCUCUGAUUCCUCAUAGCGAUCAAAUCCGAGCGCUGCAUUUCUGAAGCCAGUAGGCUUAGCUUUCUCCUCGGGUCCAUGUUGAAGUUGAUCUGCCCGGACUCUCGCGCGGCAGGGUCAUUCCAGGCCACGCGCUGCAUACGUUCAGCUUCGUCCGCUCGCUCGCAGGUAGCCCAGAUUCUCCCGGUAGGGUGCACGCACACAGCUCCGGGGGACUAUUUUGACGGUGUCACGGAAAUAUUUGUUCGGCAGCUUCGAGGAUUCACACAACCCCAAAGGCGACCUGCUUCACGUUACCUUUGAGAACGCUGUUUAGGUAACACCCUAAUACUCACCAUCCGUUCCCUGCGUCCACCGGCGAGUGAUGCUUCUGCUUUGGUCAAACAUGCCAGUGUGGAGAUGCAUUUCUGGAAAUCGCAUGAAAUGCGUGAAGCAACAUGUUGCACCAGGUUUUCACGUGUGUGGGGACCAGUGCUCCUUAAUCCUGGCAGGACUGAAGGUUUCAAGCUCUGUCCGGCUCCACUGGUGUGAACCUCGCUGGAGAGGACCCAGAUAUCCUUCACCGCAAGAUAUCGAGGAGUCCGUGAGCGACGUGAGAAUGACGUUGAGACCCUGAUCCGCGGCAGUAUGUCAGGCAGUGUGUGCAAGAGCAGCAUCAUGGCGUACCUCACUUUUUCCGAAGCCACAACAGGGUACAUCCCAAGCUACCUAGACAAGGACGAGCUCUGUGUAGUGUGUGGGGACAAAGCAACGGGAUACCAUUACCGCUGCAUCACUUGCGAGGGGUGCAAGGGCUUCUUCCGUCGCACGAUCCAGAAGAACCUGAACCCAACGUAUGCAUGCAAGUACGAGGGGAAAUGCGUCAUCGACAAGGUCACCCGGAACCAGUGUCAGGAAUGCCGCUUCAAGAAAUGCAUUGCCGUGGGCAUGGCAACCGACUUGGUGCUGGAUGACAGUAAGCGGCUCGCCAAGCGUAAGUUGAUUGAGGAGAACCGGGAGCGAAGGCGGCGUGAGGAGCUACAGAAGACAGUGUGGGAGCGGCCCGAGCCCACGCAGGAGGAGUGGGAGCUCAUCCGUGUCGUCACUGAGGCCCACAUGGCCACCAACGCCCAGGGCAACCACUGGAAACAAAAGCGCAAAUUCCUGGUCGAGGAAGCAAUGCUACUUAAUGAAAUAACUUGUAAUUUAUUCUAUACUUCUGACCAGAGUGCAGUGGGGGUGAAGGAAACCAAGCCUGAAGACAUCGGUCAAGGGCCGAUCGUCAGUGCGCCAGAGGGAAGCAAGGUGGACAUAGAAGCCUUCAGUCAGUUUACAAAAAUUAUCACCCCCGCCAUCACCCGAGUUGUGGACUUCGCCAAAAAGCUGCCCAUGUUCUGUGAGCUGCCCUGCGAGGAUCAGAUCAUCCUGCUGAAGGGCUGUUGCAUGGAGAUCAUGUCUCUGCGUGCUGCCGUGCGCUACGACCCCGAGAGCGAGACGCUUACGCUCAACGGGGAGAUGGCAGUGACACGCGGGCAGCUGAAGAACGGCGGCUUAGGCGUGGUCUCGGAUGCCAUCUUUGACCUGGGUGUGUCGCUGUCCUCCUUCGACCUGGACGACUCGGAGGUGGCGCUGCUGCAGGCUGUCAUUCUGCUCUCCUCAGACCGUCCAGGCUUGACAAGCGUGGAGCGCAUCGAGCGCUGCCAGGAGGACUUCCUGCUGGCCUUUGAGCAUUACAUCAACUACCGCAAGCACAAGUUGGCGCACUUCUGGCCCAAGCUGCUGAUGAAGGUGACGGACCUACGCAUGAUCGGCGCAUGCCAUGCCAGCCGCUUCCUGCACAUGAAGGUGGAGUGCCCCACCGAGCUCUUUCCACCUCUCUUCCUGGAGGUGUUUGAGGACUGACGCAGCACCAGGCAGUGGCCGACUGAUCAGGCCGAGAACUGCUCGCCACCAUGCCCCUGCCAGCCCACCCCCAAGCCCCCAAAACCUCACCCCUAACCCCUGUUCCACACAGAUGGCGUGCAUAACCACACCCUUCUCCCUCUUUGGACACGUUUUACAAACUCUAAUCUCUCACUACUGAGUGUCUUUUCAUUCCAUAGCUUUAGACGUAGCUCUUGGGCCUAGUCUCUGGAUGGACCAUUCCAUUUGCGAUGCGGGUACAUGUGAACAGUGUGUUUCUUUUUUCCUUUUUCCCCUUUUUGUUCUUUUCUUUUUCUUUUUCUUUGUUUGAUUAUUUUUUUCCCC